ACGCUCAUCUCAUCUUCUUCCCAUAGAAGGAGAGAAAAGAAACUCGUCGUAAUCUCCCGAGUCGACUCGGGCGAUUCAUAGAAAGAGACAAAGAGAGGUAGCAUUUACCUGGUCAACUCGGACCGAUUCAAAACCGAGUCAAUGGCGAGUCUCAACCCAGGUAUCCUCCUCAAGCUCCUCCAGUCCAUGAAUUCCGACACCAAGGUCGCCGGAGAGCAUCUUUCAGUCCUCCUUCAGAUAGUUAGCAUCGUUCCGGCUCUAGCAGGACCCGCCCUAUUGCAGGCCGCCACCCUUUCAUCGGCACACCUGAUCUGUUGAUCGCACGUAUCUCACCAUCCAAGCGCGGGUUUGUAAUCCAACCUGUACCUGAUCCUGACCGCUCGCUGGAUCCUGUCUCAGCCUACAUCUACAGCAACAAGAAAUCUGAAGAGGAUGCGAAAUUCAACAAUGGCGGGUCACGCCGGAUCCUUGCCCCAAAAGAGAAUGUACCUGCUGCUGAGAAUUUGGAUGAUAAGAAGGGUUGGUGCCGCCGGAGAAGUCAUCAGAGAAGCGACGGUUCUCAUCGCCAGCUGGUGUGAAAGAAUGACGGUCGGGGUCAACCGGGAAGAGGAAUAUGGGGCCUGAAACAGCGCAGGAGAACUCACCGGCGCCAGCGAGGAAAUCAGGGUCACAGCCUUCAUCACCAGUUCCAUCAAAAUGAGAGGUGCCGAGCUUGGUUGCAGCAAAGGAUGAGAACCGACGAUCAUCGAGGGAGCCAGCAAUCAUUGUGUCAUCCAGGUACCGGCAGGCUUCCCCAAUUGGGAGGAAGCAAGCAUCAUCGAGCGGGCGGAGGUGCUCGCUUUCACCUGGGAGGAGACUUUCAGGAGGAUUGAAGGUCUCACCAGUAAUUGCUGCUUUUGUCGCCGAUUCAGCUGGUAAGAAAAGGAUGGUUGUGAUGGCUGCAGGAAUUUCCAAGGUUUCAGAUGCAUUGGUGGGUCCACAAAGCCAAUUCAGAAGAGCUGGGAAGACUCAGCCCCAGCAUCCAUGGGGGCCUCAGCUGAGCAGAAGGAGAAGGCCGUUUCGGAAACCAAAUCGGAAUUGCAUGCAAUUUUGCGGACACAGAAUUUAAUGGGCCAUGCCUACGUUGGAGAGGGUGGGGGAGGCGGGCUUGAUGGAGAUGAUCAAACGGUUGAAACGAAAGAUCUAUGGGUUUGUAAUUCAGCAUAUGGGGACAGCAAUCGACGGCUUGAAUUUGAAUUGAAUUCAACGGCUGGAUCUGUUUGGGACAUGAGCAUCUCUGUGUCCUUCUGUUUCAGUUAUUUCUGUUGGAUUCUGAUGGAGAUGAUCGGACGGUUAAAAUGGAAGAUCUAUGGUUUGUCAUUCAGCAUGCGAGGCCAGCAACCAACGGCUUGAAUUUGAAUUGAAAGCAACGGUUGGAUCUGUUUUGGAUAUGAAUGAUCUCA